UCUGAACCGAAAUAAAUAAAUGAUUAUCAACCGUUUAAACUUCAAAGUCAAAUCAUCAAUAUUUUUGUAUUCAUUUUGAUGUUAUCGACUGCGGAAUGUAAAAAGGGCGGGAAAAGAGCAAGAAGACGAAGAUGGGUGUUUGGUCUCACCCAGAGAUCUCACUAGAAGAACUGUUAAAAUUGAUCAAAGGGUUUGUUGAUAUCCUCAUCUUAGCUUCUGGGUAUCAAUCAUCUGGUCAUUUUGCUCAUUGGGAUCCGCUAAACAUCAAGAAAGCUUUCCAAUGGGGCCUUUUCUUCGAGAACGUGCUCAAGAGCAUAGAUGACAACCAAGAUUCUGUGAAUGAACUCGAUGCAGCCGUUUCUGAACUCACAUCCAAUCCUCAUUUCCCACAGGGUCUUACACAUCUUUCAUCUGUUACUCUUAGUAAAGCAAGAUAUUUCAUACUAGAACAUCUAAUUCGCACUCUACCCAUGAGGGAUUCACAUAUCAAAGCUGUUUUGAAAGCAACUAUUGAUAUGGAUCUUGAAGAACUUCAGAAGACAGAAAUUAACUACUUAGAUGUGUACAUUGACAAGUUAAAACUGCAAAAUGAGGAGGGUAUAAUGGACUUUUCGCCUAUACCUUGUCCUGAUGAUAAUCUACAUGUGAAGGUUGAAAACGACAUAAAAGUCGAUCUGACAACGUUUGCUAUCCAAGGAAUUAAGAAAAGGCUACUUGCGGUUUCACACGUUUCAUCAAUAGAGACAAGUGUAAAUGUUCUUGCUAAGACCAUAACACAAGUAAACUCUAAUGACGGUUUGCUUCAUGAAGAACAAAACCAUCCAACGGCUUACGUGUGGAAUCAUUGGCGCACAAGAACCCUUUCAUAUCUACUUGAUAAACGGACUAUCAGAUUGGUUUCCGGCGCAAGAAUGAUUUUCUCUGCCCCUAAAGUUCAGUGGGCACAAGUUUUCGAACAGCUAGAUAUUUCAAAAGAAGGCAAUACCAACUUUUGUGAGACAAUUGAACUUCUACUGUUAGGAUGUAUAUCAACCAGAUGGGAUCGUAUAAUUCAACGUUUCAUGUCGAAUUCUCAUGAACAACCUCUCGGUAUCUCCACAUUAUACGAAGGGGUGCACAAAUUGCUCCUUGAAAGAUUUCAGAAUGUUGAUUCUAUGCAGCAAAAACAGCACUCAAAGAAGGAACAGGAAAUCAUGGAGUAUCUUGAAGUAAAAUUAAGCAAUCAAAUUCAUCAUUUGUGGGAACUCUCCCCCGCGCUUGUAGCGGCUUCACUUCCUCCAUGGUCUCGUUUAUUUGAAGUGUAUGCAAGUGAAUUGUUGAGUCAGUUUAAAGGGAAAACUACUAAAAUUCGAUGUUGCGGUUGCAUUGAUGAUAAUAAGGAACACAUAGAAUGUGAAGUUGUAGAGAGGAUUUGGUGUGUGUACGUGUUUCAUGUAUCGAAAAAACAAGUCGUGUUAUGAUGUCACAUGAAAAGCUGGCUGUGUAAAAUAGUUGAGAUAAUAUCAGUCUUAUGUGUAUGAGCACUUGCGAUGCAGGUGUUUGCAAGCGUGCAAACGCCUAUGUGAAGAGGAGAGAGAGUGGCAAUGCAUCAGCGGUCACAUAUAGAGAAACGGAGUGGUUUUGAAAGGGAGAGGAGAGAGAGAGCGUUCAUACAUGAGGCAUGUGGUGACGUGGAGAAGAGAGGGCGGACAUCCGUUAUAUAUUGCAUUGUUGAUGUUUAAAAUGCUUAAUAUAGGCUCCUGUUGAACAAAAUUCAAGGUUGAAUUGUUUAUACAAAGUUUGAGUAGUCUUAGAGGAAUGGUGAAAAAUAAAAUUACUCUAUGCUAACAUUUCUAGUUUUGAUGAA